AUGAAGAAGAAUGCGUUCAAGCCGCCAGCAAAUUGGAGCAAGUUGUACGCCAAAGUGAAGGAAAUCCGCGACAAGUUGGAGGCCCCCGUUGACACGGUGGGAUGCUCGAAGCUGUUCGAUAAAUCCGCGUCCGCUGAGACGCGGCGGUAUCACAUUCUACUCGCACUGAUGCUGAGUGCGCAGACGAAGGACCACGUGACGGCGGCGGCGAUGCAUGCCCUCAUUCGGUAUGGGUGCACCCCUGAGUUGGUAUCGAAAAUGUCGGAGAAAAAGCUUGACGGCUUUAUUUCCAAAGUGGGGUUUCACAACACAAAGACAAAACACAUUAAGGCGGCGACCGAGACCAUUUUGAAAAAGCAUCAAGGCAUGGUGCCGCGCGCCUACGCGGAUCUCAUUGCUCUACCAGGCAUUGGGCCCAAGAUGGCCCACCUGUUCCUUCAGGAGGCAGAUGGGGUCGUGCUGGGCAUUGGGGUGGACACCCACGUCCACCGCAUCAGUCAACGCUUCCACUGGGUCCCAGCAACGGUGAAAACCCCGGAGGACACACGAAAGGCACUUGAGUCUUGGCUCCCACCGGAGCACUGGGGCGAAAUCAACGGACUACUUGUGGGAUUGGGGCAAACCAUAUGCACCCCCCGGCUACCGCGUUGCUCCGAGUGCCCGGCCGCCGAGCUGUGUCCCAACGCGUUUAAAGAGGCGAAGACGGGCGGAAAGCGGGGACGGAUUGCCGACAUUGAAGACGUCGGCACGCCGAGGGUCCGUAAGAGUCGUGGACGUGGUUGUACCUUCUAUUUUUUUUUUUUUUUCUAUUUUUGCUUGAUCCCUCACGCACACGCACACACACCAUCUUUAUCUGCAAUUUGUGUAUUUUUGGCCUUGCUUAUUGUUCCCUGUUGGCGCCCUGCAAUGUAUGUAUCCUCGUUCACUCUCAACAUGAUUACUUUGCCUGCCUUUGUAUGA